AAAAAAAUUGGCGACAGUGAUAUUCUUUUUAUCCCGUUGCUUUGUUGUGCGUACAUACGUACAAAUUAAUGUAUGUAUGUACAUAUAUUGCAUCAGCUAACUUAGAAAAAUUUUACUUGGCGACAGUGAUUUUCUUUUUAUCCCGUUGCUUUUUUGUGAAGUUGUGAAGUGUCACAUUUCAGUUGCUCUUGUGUUGUAUUGCGUGCUAGUUGUGUUAUUAUAUUAGUUGUAUUAUUAUAUUAUAUUCAAAAUGUGCGAUAUAUAUGGUGAACCAAGCCAAGGAAACGAUGAAUUCUUGGAAUUAUUAAAAUCUUGGGGCUUGCUAAAUGAAAUAAUUGAUACCCUGAUUGAACGGGGGGUUAAUUCCUUUCUCAUUCUUGAGAAAAUGCAAAUUGACGACGUUGACGCUUUUUUCAAUAGAUGUGACGCAAAAUAUUUCGGAGAACGCAUAAAAUUUAAAGCCGGUUUGAGGGAGUGGCGAACAAAAAAGGGUAUUCCAUUUAUUUGUGACCAAGAGACACAAACUGCAAACACCGAAGUCUUAGAUUGGCUGAAAAAAAUAUCCAGUGAUUUGUCUUCCGUCAAAUCGGGAGAAUGUAGUAUGCUACCUUGUUCGCCUCAAACGAAGAAUUUCAAUCUACGCGAGCUUUUAAAAACAUCAGUAAAGGGACAACUUGCUUUAAGUUAUCAAGAAAAACAUGGCUACUUGGACAGUAGAAACCAAAAAAAUUUAACACAUUGCAUCGUUGACAACUAUAUUGGUUUAGGACGCAAAAUGCAAUACUCAGAUAUGAGGGAAUGGGCGAAUGAAAUUGUUGCGGUAUUUCCUAAAGAAAAGAAGGAAUUUUACUUUUUGGAAAGAAAAAUGGGAAAAAAGAAUCCGAGUGGUAAAUUGUUCUCGCGUUGGGCUAAUGCCAUAAAGUUGGAAAACAAAGCCAAUCCUGUUACCCAGGAAGCUUAUGAAGAUGUUUUUGACGAUAACGUUUUGGAAAAAAAGUGUUGGUUGGCACAUAACUGCACACCUUGGGAAAAAGUUAAAAAGUUUUGGUUAGAUACAUGCACGUUUAGAAAUAAAUGUAAGGGAUCUCUAUCGGAUUUGCUAGCAGACUGGCCGCGCUACAAUGACUUUAACGGUUACGAAUUGGUAAGAAAAAAGCACAAAGUAUUUAUUUACAAAUUAAACAUUAUUCAAUUAUAACAGGUUGAUAUUGAUUUUAAUGACAUGCAUCCAGAUAUUGGAAACGAGUUAAUCUUAAAACUUGACAAGUUUUAUAAAGUAAUCCUCCCUGUCUUAAAUGCGGAAGUAAAAGACCAAGCCAGCCGAGAGUUACUACUUUCGAAACUCCUUUACAAAGAUUUAUCAAAUGAUUCUAAAUAUUGCAUUGUGUUGUUACUGCUCCAUGCGGUUCUUCAACCACAGCGUCGGAGUAAAACCCACAAACCAACGAUUGGUGACGCUCAAUCAGAGUUUAUAAUACUAGCAACUACACCAAAUGAUAUAUUACCAAAGAUUUCGUCCAAAAUUGAGCAAUACGCGAUUGAAAAACAGCAUUUGCAGCCUUACAUCAUUGCAGUAGGUGAGGACUAUACAAGUAUAUCAGAAUUCUUUAUAUUUUGCGACGGGCUUAAGUGGAAGUGCCCCACUUUAAUGAAAUGCGUCGACUGUAUUAUUAAGUUAAGUUAUGUAUUCCAAAUUGAAUAUUCCCAUAAUAGCAAGCAAGUUUGGGUAUUUUUAGAACAAUACUUUUUUGGGCUUAAGUCUGAAGAUUUUCCUUCAGUUUCAAAUUUACUCAGCAAGUUAGAUAACUAAUUUUUUAUUUUCUUUCUUUUCUUUUUAAUUGUUAAAAAUGUCCAAAUUUGCUUGCUAUUUAUGUCACAAACCCCACUUAACUUCAUGUUUACUUAUAAAUCAUUUAAAGGAAGAUCAUGGGCUUCAGUCCAUAGCAAAAUAUGUUUGCAAAGAGGAAAAUUGCAAUCAAAUAUUUCACAAUGUGUAUAGGUUUCGAAAGCACUUAGAAAAGCAUAAAACUGUGAGUUUUUCCUCGGUAAAUAAUGAUUUAGGUCAAUCUUUAGUUUCUCAAGAGCCACUUACACAAUUACAGUAUCGUGAUGAGUAUCCCCUUCCAAGUCUUGCAAACAAUACCACUUUUCUUAUACAUGGACGAUUUUGAGAUCAAUGAUCCCCUAGGCUCGAAAUCCUGCCAACAGAAAAUAUGUGGAAUUUAUUACACUUUUCCAACAAUCCCUAAUUAUCAAGCUGGUAGGCUCAUGAAUGUAUUUGUAUGCGGAUUUAUGAAAAGUUCAGAUAUAUGUGAAUAUGGUUUUAAUAUUGCCUUCACUCCACUUAUAGAUAUUUUAAAGAAAUUAUAUGUCGAUGGUUUGAGUAUUGACAUAGGUGGUCAACAUAUCCGAGUUUACAUUCGGCUUGCUCAAAUAUUAGGUGAUAACCUUGGUCUAAACACAGCUUUAGGAUACAAUAGUUCAUUUUCAUCAAAUUCAUUUUGUAGAGUAUGCAAACGCAACAAAAACGAAA